AUGAAUUCUGACUCGAGCUCUCUCUCUAGUAGAGCUUCUUCGCCAGACGUGGACGAAAUUUAUCUGCGAGACCAGCUUCCGCACCAAGACUCCAGGAUGAACUCAGUGUCUUCCACGCAGAGCGACCUACUCCAGCAGCUCGCCAGCGACCGCAACAUCACAACCCUGAGCAAGGACGAGAAACCGGGGGGCAAGUUCAAAGUGAAAAAGCAACUCUCCGAGCAAGACCUGCAGAACCUUCGACUGAAGAUCAACGGGAGAGAGCGCAAACGGAUGCACGACCUGAACCUAGCUAUGGACGGUCUCCGGGAGGUCAUGCCUUAUGCUCACGGACCAUCAGUGAGGAAACUUUCCAAAAUUGCUACUUUACUCCUGGCCAGAAACUACAUCCUGAUGCUGUCGAACUCUCUAGAAGAGAUGAAGAGACUAGUGGGGGAGAUUUAUGGCGGGCAUCACUCGGCUUUUCAUUGCGGGACUGUAGGACAUUCUGCCGGGCACCCGGGACACACCACAUCUGCCCACCAAGUCCAUCCGAUAUUGGGAAGCGCCUUGACCUCCUCCUCUUCCUCCAUUUCAGCUUCGCUACCGGGCAUCGGCGCGGUCAGACCCCCUCAUUCGCUGUUGAAAACGUCCUCGGCGCCUCCCGCGCCGUUAGGAAACACCUUCCAGCACUGGGCAGGUUUGCCGUGCCCUUGCACCAUCUGCCAGGUGCCACCGCCUCCUCACAUCUCAGCCCUCAGCACAGCGAGCAUGCCAAGGCUCUCCACAGAUGGUAAAGACUUAAUGAAGUAA